CCUCGCCCGACACCCUCACACACCAUGCCCGCCGACGCCCGCUCCCUGCUGCGCGCCGCCUCCUCCUCCAGCGCCGCCGCGCCGCGCAUCCACGACGCGCACGCCAGCUACCACCCGCGCUCGGGCGCGCUGCGCUGCAGUGCCUGUGCCUACGCCGCCGUCAAGCACGAGGCGCUCUGGGCCGCACACGUCGCCUCCAAGAGCCACCGCGGCAACGUGGCGCGCAUCCGGGCCGAGCAGGAGCAGCAGGCGCGCGCACAGCAGCAGCAGAGCGCAGAGGCGUCGGCCAGCGGCACAAAACGCGCCGCAGACGCAGCCGGCGACGAGGCGGGCGACGAGGCACGCAAGCGCCCUCGUGCAGAGCCGGAGGCAGACGAGGCACCGGCAGCAGCUGUACCAGACGAGGCAGCAGAGGAGGAUCCGGAGUGGGCCGCCUUCGAGGCCGAGGUGCUCAAUGCGCCCGAGGCAGCCGAGGCCGCGGCGCCGCGCUACAUCGACAGCACGACGGAGGUGGCGCCGCAGCUGCGCCGGCCGGGCGGCGGCAUUGCGCCCGUGGUGCAGGAGGAGCAGCCGGAGCCGGAGAUCAAGGAGACAGAGGAAGAGAGGCGCGAGCGCCUCGAGCGGGAGGAGAAGGAGGAGAUCUUUGGACGCCUGAUGGAGGAGCAGCGCGAGCAGGAGGAGGUCGAGGAACGGUGAGUUGUGCAUGCGAGGCGUGUUCGUGUGAGCCUGCAGGGCUGCACCGGCCCCGGCGCGGAGCUUGUCAGAGCCGCCGUGCUUCGCUGGCCGCAGACACGCCGAGGUCGCCUGCACGCGCAGCAGCGCGCGGUAUGGCAUCACGGCGGCAGCCGCACCGACGACUUUGGGCUGACUCUCCACUCUAUUGCACAGCGCCACGGCCCUGCGCGCACGGCUAGAGCAGAUGCGCGCCGCACGGGCGGCGCGUCUGGGCGCCAAGGGCGCCAAGGGCGUCGGGAAGGGC